CCUGUGUGCGACUCAUACAGUUGUAAGCAGUGUUCCGCUGCUCCGCAAUUGAAACCUGAUUGAAAUCCCAUUGUGGAAAAUGUUUCAGUGACUUGACUGGGACUGCGUGUGGUCACUUAAUGGCAGAGCCACAUGUCAUGCUCCACGUGAGACGGCAGGUAUCGUCUGGUGCACCUGAUGCCAUGAUGCGUCUGUCUUUAUUCCCUUGACAACCGCGUAUCUGAUACCAACAUCCAGGGACCACCAUGUCCAUCACCCUGCUGUGGGCCGUGGAUGUGUACGGUAGGGUGUACAGUGUCCCCACCGCCGGCCAGCGUUGGGAGCGUGCAGACGACUCACUUCUAGAGCUCAAACGUGUCACUGCUGGAAAGGGGCGCUGCUGGGGCAUCGGCUGUGACCACCACGUUUACCUCAACAUGAUGCCCCACGAGACCCCCAUCCGCUACAGAGAGGAGACCUAUGAAAAUCAGAGGUGGAACCCUGUAGACGGCUUCACGGAUACGCUGCUGCCUACUGACCGCUGGUCCUGGAGCGACGUCACAGGCAUGAACACUCAGCCACUCCACAGCUUCCAGUUGCCGUCCCGCAGUUGGGAGUGGGAAGGAGACUGGUAUGUGGACCAGAGCUGUGGGGGAGAACCAAGCCAAACUGGGGGUUGGGAGUAUGCCGUUGAUUUCCCCGCUAACUUCUCUCCUGAGAAAAAGUGGAACUCGUGCGUGCGUCGUAGACGCUGGAUCCGCUACAGAAGAUAUAUAGCACAAGGCACCUGGGCAAAGAUUCCCUUGGACCAACCCUGGAAGGCUCCCCUGCCUCUCUGCGACAUCACCUGUGGUGGCUGGGAGAUGAGCGAUGAGUCUGGGAGGUAUCCUUACCUCUGGGCGGUGUCCCAACAAGGACAGGUGUGGUUCAGGGAGGGCAUCCACCCUCGGGUCCCAGAGGGCACCAGUUGGGAAGAGGUAGAGGUGCCCAAGGAGGUGGCCCAGUUAUCACUCGGACCGAGGGACCUGCUCUGGGCUGUACUGUGGGAUGGGAACCUGAUGAUCCGAACAGGCCUCAGCCUGGACAGCCCAACUGGCACAUCGUGGGUGGAGGUGGACUCGCCUGCAAAGGAAGUUGAAGCCCUCCAUGUGGCUGUGGGGGUCAGUGUUGUCUGGGUGGUCACUAAGGACUACAAAGUGUGGUUCAGGCGGGGCGUCAAUUCCCAUAAUCCCUGCGGCUCAGGAUGGAUCAGCAUAGGUGGCGAGAUGAUGAUGGUUGACGUGGGACUCAAUGACCAGAUUUGGGCUGUCGGUGAGGAUCGCAGCCUGUAUUUCCGAAUGGGUGUGACUCCUUCGGAACCAAGUGGGAACGGCUGGAUCCCGGUUUCUGCCCAGUGGGGCAACAGCAAAGAAGCUGUCCCUCCCAGGGACGACUGUGACUUCAGGAACCAGCUGACAGAAGCCUCCCAAGGCUCCGUGCUGAGCUGCACUGACUCUGAUUCAGAGUUAGGUCCGACUGAGCCCGCAAACAGCCCCCCGAUCCUGGGGGCGGCGGACCCCUCAGUGGUCCUAUUAGGGGAAGUCGCAGACGCAGCCCCUGUACACACAGACGACACUCGCGCAGCUCCCAAAUCUUUCAUCCCUGCGAGCGACAGCUUCAUCAACAGUCUUGUGUCGGACCGCGACAAAACAUCGACACCCCAACAGACCAUCAAACCUCAGGAGGAAGGGGUUAAUUUCUCCCCAGCACAGAUCCUCAUGAGCCUUGACCCUGCAGGGCCCAGCACCCCUUGGAGUAAUGUGGACCUGGAAGGGGCAGAGGCGUCCAGAAGCGCACAAGCAGCGGGAGCUUGCUUGAGCAAUCGCAGUGGUGCCCCCUAUGGACUGGGUCUGGAUGGUUCGCACGGGGUCGGGGAAGAGGACGGACCCGUGUGGUCUUGGAUCUCUGGAGGAGGCUGCAAUGUGGACGCCUCCUCUCAAAUCAGCUGGCUCAGCGCUACAGGUCCCCUGGUCAGCUCUUUGUCACUGACCCCAGUGCAGUCUUCAGCAUGGAGCGAGCAGGAGCACAAAGAAGAUAUUACCAAGAAACCUCUGGAAAGGAGCAACUCCAUAUGGGUGCGUAAAGGCAUGCUACGCUGGUGGAGAGACUGGAAGCCUCAGCGAUGGGUGGACGUGGGUGUGGCUUUGGAGCAGUCCACCAAAUCAGACGGGAAGAAGGACAGCAUUUUCUUUGUUUACUACAUGCAAUAUGAUGAGAAAAAGUACCUUCACGUCUUCAUCAAUGAAGUGACAGCUUUGGUUCCGGUGGUGCGGGACUGCCACUAUGCGUUUGCCGUGUAUACUGGUCUGAGGACCAGACAGAGGUGUCCCCUGCUCCUGGCAGCCCAAACCGAACAGGACAUGAAUGAAUGGUUGACCUUGUUGUCUGACUGUUGCUGCGAGUGUCGAGGGAUCACACGUCCCCCAUCCAGACAGGCUCUGUGGUCCACGACGGCUAAAGGGGACAUUUUUGUCCAUGAGCCGUCUUUCUCCCUGGAGGCCGCCACCCACGCAGUGACAUGUGACCUCAUGUUCUGGCGUCAGGUCCCGGGUCACCUGCGCUGUGUAGAGUCUAACAGUCUCGGGCUGGUGUGGGGCAUCGGGUGGGAUGGCACAGCCUGGGUGUACAGUGGGCACUCUGGGCAACAGGCCACCCCGGUGACAGCAGAUGCAGGUGACGUGCACCAGCAGACUGACGCCAGGAGCGUGCACGUGUAUGAGAAUCAAAGAUGGAACCCCGUGACAGGAUACACAGACAAAGGACUUCCUACUGACCGCCCCAUGUGGAGUGACGAGACUGGCCUGAGGGAGUGCACCAAAGGCAACACACACCCACCCUCCCCUCAGUGGUCAUGGGUGUCCGAGUGGGCCGUGGACCACACUGUCCCUGGAGGGACGGACAAAGAAGGAUGGCAGUAUGCUGCAGACUUUCCCACGACAUUCCACGGCCACAAAACCAUGAAGGACUUUGUACGGCGUAGACGGUGGUCAAGAAAGUGUAAGAUCACGUUGAGAGGGCCAUGGCAGCAGGUCCCGCCCAUUCCUCUGAGUGACAUCUCUCUGAUGCCGUGCCUGGCUCAAAGCAAGAUGGAGCAGGUCCCACUGUGGGCCCUCAGCGACAAGGGGGACGUGCUGUGUCGGCUCGGGGUCUCCACCCACACCCCUGCGGGAACCUCAUGGCUUCACGUGGGCACAGACCAGCCCUUUAAGUCCAUCUCCAUAGGUGGGGCCAAUCAAGUGUGGGCCAUCGCCAAGGAUGGAGCUGUCUUCUACAGGGGCUCUGUGUCCCCCCACAACCCUGCAGGAGAAUGCUGGUACCACAUCCCGUCUCCCUCCAGGCAGACGUUGAGACAGGUGUCUGUGGGUCGCACUUCUGUGUUUGCCGUGGAUGAAAACGGUAACCUGUGGUACAGACAAGGCCUCACUCCCAGCUACCCUCAGGGGUCCGCCUGGGAGCUCAUCUCCAACAACGUCACCAAAGUCUCUGUGGGACCUCUGGACCAGAUGUGGAUCAUAGCAGACGGAAUGCCGGGCUUCCCUGGCGAGACUCCCGGAGCGGUCUGCCACAGACUGGGGGUGGGACCUAUGCAGCCUAAGGGUCAACACUGGGACUAUGGUGUAGGGGGAGGCUGGGAGCACAUCAGCGUGAGAGCCAACUCAGUGGAGGCUCCUCGCACACAGCACCCCCUCCCAGCCGGCCCCUCGCGCAGCCCGCAGCCUCUGACGAGAGCCAACGGGAACGCCAUGCUCGACAAAGGAAGAACUACAAAAGUAUUUUGUCCUUUAAAGUUGUCCACUGUCCUUAUUGAGACGUCUCAAAGCAAACCAUGAAAGUACAUAUCGAGUAUGUCAUGUAUGCUAUCAUUUGCAACAUACUGUGGGGGGGGGUGAGACCCCUGCAACGGCGAGAACCCAGCCAUUCAGUCAUUGUUGGCAAGUCGUCAGCCCUCUUGUUGGAAGAUGCUACACAAACGAGUUCUUCUCCAAUGAGGAGAGAAAUCAACACAACCAUCAACCAGUUAGGAUUAUUGAAAAUGACUAACACAAAAAAAAAGGCAACUGUAAAAAAAAAAAAAUAAAAUAAAAAUCACAGACGAACCAAUGACAAAUGCUUCCAUUUUCAAUUCAAAGAGCUUAUUCCUAUUUGUAGUGUACUUUUCCAAAAAUAAUCCUUGUUUUGUCUUUUUUUUGUUGUUUUUUUUUUGGUGACAGUGAAGUAGAGGAACAAAGCAGCCAGUAGGAAUGCGCUUGAUGAGGUCUUAGAGCCCAACAUUUCAAUGCGAGGCCUGCGUUGUGGAAUUGCACACACGUAGAGAGAGGAGGUGGUGACGAGGCUCAGGAAUAGGCCGCCCGCCUGGGGACGACAUGUCUUUUGUCCUUUUCCCAUCUGGCUCUAAUCCCCAAAGUGCAAGUGUUGAAGUUGGAGAGUGUCAUGACCGUUUUGUCCUGCCACUUAGUCCUUUUCUCCAUCUUCACUGCUUCCUGGAGGCAACACAACACCACACAGUUACACACCUCCUCACAUUUGUACGUGUACGUCUAUAAACAUGCUAUUUUAGGGCAAUUUAAUAACAGAUACAGAUGUGAGGGUGUGUUGCCAGGUCCACUUGCCUCCUUGCUCCAUGUCCGAGUCGGUGAGGUGCGUCAGGGAGAAGCUUGCGAUGCUGGCCGGCGAGAUGGAAAAGCGAGAGUAGUUGGACGAGCCGCUCCAGCUGGACGCUGCCAUGAGGGGUGGAGUAGAGAUGCUCUUGGAUGGGAUGUCUUUGUGCGUCUUGGAGGGGAAGGCGGGCGCGGAGGGGAAGUCAUCGUCCCACUCAAAGCCACCACCUGCAGGGGAAUGACACCAGACGUAUAAACGUGUGUCCCCGACGAGCAAACAUGUCAGCUUCCCAAAAGCUGUUGCUGCAAAAAAAGAUCAUAUUUUCAUACUACGUCAACCUGAACUACAUCCACAUCAAAUAAUCUUUAUUUUAUAAAAAUGGCUACAAAUACAAAGCAUUUCAAACAUCAAUAGCAAGACACACGUAUCCUUGCAGGAGAAAGGCAUCCAUGAGAAAUGUUGCUGCAUGCUUUGAAUGGGGAAAAAGUAGUGCCAUCUGGUGGACAAAUAUAAUAAUAAAAGUAAUAAUAGUACAGUUGUUUAUUGCGGUUAAUUGGUUCCAGACCCGACCGUGAUAAGUGAACUUCCGCAAAGUGGGAUUCAAUAUUAAUAAAUUGAAUAUUUUUGUAGUUAGAGCCUAGAAAACCUGUUUGACUUUCUAAAUACAAUCUUUACCAUCACUAGAACCCUCUAGACAUGAAACAACACCCCGAUAGUCCCUUUACACUCCUAUUGUGCAAUAUAGCAGACAUAAUAACAGGAAAUAAGCCAUCUUCGUAAAUAGGAAGAAGUUUAUUGACACCUAGAGACUAGUGUAGAAGAACUGCUGCUGUUUGUGGCUAAGGAAAGACGCAUGAUGCACGAUGCAAUGGCAUUAUUAACAAGCGGAGAACACGUGCAGUGAACAUUCACACAGGAGCUGCUGUCGGCCACCGCAAACCUGCUGCUAGCCCUUAGCUUUAGCUAAGAGUCAACUCCACUAGCUGACGUCACACAGGUCACUUCGCUUCUUAAAAGGCCCACACAACAAGUCAGA